GCCCGACGCCUUCCCCUACCCCCGCCCCACUCCCGCUCUCCGCUUUGGUGGACUCUCCACGUUGCUGUCGCCCCCCCUCUUACACCUGGCCAACAUUUUCCGUUCCCCUUCCGCCUCCUCACUGGACCCCACCUUUUCCCCGUGCUCUUCUUUCCCUCACGUUUGCUCUCAUCCUGGGGUAUCCCAGAGCCCCUUUCUCUCCCUGUUCCAAGUGUGGCCACCUCCUGGGUGCGGUGCAUUUCCUCCCUUUUCCCUCCGUUCUUCAUAUCCUAGAGAGUCGCUAGAUUUUCCUCGUUCCCCGCGAAAACAUAACUCCCACCACCAUUAAAUAAAAUCAGAAGAAGGAAGGGGAUCCAGGCCUUGUUUUUCUGCUUUUCCCGUGUGCGGGGUAGGAGGGUGGUAAUAAUUAAUAGGGCUUAUUUUUGGCCCUGUGGAGCCUGAGGGAUGGAGGGUGGACACCCCCCUUUUGGACCGGUCAGUGGUGACUGUCCUCUGGCCGCCGAGCCAGAAUUUACCAUUUGGCUUUAGCUCUUUAUCCACGUUAGUGUUUUAAGGGGAAACUGGGCGGAAAAAAGUACCCUUACAGCAGUAUCAGUGAGUGGAUUCAGGUUGACCCUGGUGAGGUGCCUGGGAGGAAGAGCCUUACUCCUAAGCUCCUGUCCAGAGGAUGGACUGUGCCCUUGACCAGAAAGGGAGGGGGAGGAGGAGGGAACAGAGAGAGGAGGGGCAGCUGGCAGCCCUUUCCCACCCCCUAGAGGAACCAGAACCCCACACAGUAGGCGUCAACUCGUGGGCUAGCCGAGGGGGGUCCCUGGUGUCUGCUCAGUAUCUAACCUUUCUUUUCUUCUUCCUGCCCACCCUACCGUGGGAGUGGGUCCCUCAUCUUUGAUUUAACCGCAGAAAAACAUCCCUAUUGCUUUCUUGGGUGCCUGCCCCCAUCCCCCUCUUAAGCGGAGGGGGAGAGAAGCUUGUGUGGGAGGAAGGAUUAGGGAGGUUUAACACCCUGCAGGGGAGCUUUGCCGAGGAUCUGGUAAGUCUGGUCAAUAGAGCAGGCCUUGCAGCGGAAGGAGACUCACAAACAAUUUUUAAGUAUUAGAAAAUGUUGUCAGAUGUACAGUUUUUUCUUCCCUGCCCGGGAACUCUUUCCCAUUACCUAGCCGGGUCUGGUUACUCGGACUUGGAUUAGAAGAGGGGUGAGGCUUGGGCCCUGCUGGCGUCGGGCCUUCUGAUUGUCCGCCCGGCGCCUCCCCGCAGCUUAAAACUGGGAAUUUCUUUGGCCGAGAGGACGGGAGAACUGGGUUUAUUCCUGCCGUUCCAUUCCUGGUUGUGAGGUGCUACAGCGGAGCCCGCUGGGCGUUAAGUGAAAAGGCUCUUUCUCUUUGAAUCCGCCGUCCCUACAGCAACUCCAAAGGGAAACCACCCAGCCCAAGGAAUACAGAUUAAGUGGCAGGGGUUUGGGGAGGGGGAGGGAUGUGACUCUUAUCUAUCCCGGCCUACCGCCUUCACCCAGAAAAAGCUCAUUAGAAGCUGUUAAUUCAACGGUCUUGCGAGGCAGUGAAGAGAGAGGAAGAAAGAAAAGUUCAGUUUUUCGGGAAGCCGAGACAUGGAUAUGGUGGGCGACACAAUACGGGGAGUAGGCCUUAUGGGUAGAAUUUAUAUAAAAUGUAUUAGGCGGUGGGCGGGGGGGGGGGGGGGGCGCCAGUCUGCCACAACGCGCAUGUGCAUCGGAAACUUUUCCUCGGUUCUCCCACCCUCCUCCAGCUCCCCUUACUGGGCAUGCGUAGUUCCCCGGCUGAGUCUUCGCAAAGUACGCAGGGAAGUGUAGUGUGCAGAGAAAGUAGGUCGUUUGCUCCAACCUGAGCGUGAGGUUUCUGAAGACUACAAUUCCCAGAGCGCAGAGUGCACCUUUGCCCCGGGCCUCCCCGUGUAUGUUGGGGUUCAGUCAAGUCUUCCUGGCUUCAGAGGAACCUGGAGAGGCCUAGAAAGGGCCCCCUUUUUUUUUUUUUUUGGCCGCCCAGCGGGGUUUUGUAGGAUCUUAGUUCCCGACUGGGGAUGGAACCCAGGAUUCGGCAGUCAGAGCAUGGAGUCCUAACCACUGGACUGCCAGGGAAUUCCCAAAAGGGCCCUCUUAGUCGGAAGGAGUCUCGUAGUCAGACUUGGGCUUGCACAGUCCAUGUUUUGGGGAGAUGGUGUGGGACACUGGGGGGGGUGUGCAGUCAGUUGGCACAAGUCCUGGUAGCCUUUCAACCACACCCACCCGUCUGCCACCGAGACCAGUGUGGUGGGGCCACCCCCUGUCCCGCCAGAGCCGGGCUCCCACUGCCCAGCACCCGGUCUGUGACACCUACUGGCCUUGGCAAAAUUGAGGACCCUGAGUCCUCUUUCCACACUCAUUUGAAUCUGGUAGUGCUUGAUUGUCCUAUGAUUUGGAUGUUAAGGCUUGAGGUGCCUGAAUAUUUUACAGGUGCUCAGGGUUUGGGGGCCCAGUGGGUUCCCUCACUAUCCCUCCUUUUCCCCUUUAAAACAACUUUUUCUUCCUAAAAACUGUCCUUCGAGUUUUUGUCAGAAGUUCUCUGGCGUCUCCAUUUACCAUAUCGUUGACUUGCAGCCUCCUUUCAGCUUCUUUCUCCCCUCCCCCGUACGCGGGCCUCUCACUGUUGGUGGCCUCUCCCGUUGCGGAGCACAGGCUCCGGACGCGCAGGCUCAGCGGCUAUGGCUCACGGGCCCAUGCCGCUCCGCAGUAUGUGGGAUCUUCCCGGGGCACUAACCCGCGUCCCCUGCAUCGGCAGGCGGACUCUCGACCACUGCGCCACCACGGAAGCCCUCUUCCCCCUUUUUUGACAUUCUCUUGAGCACUUACUCCUUUAAAACUCAACACAGGGAUCUGAAUCCAGGAUGAACUUUGUUGUUGGAAUUAAAGCAAAUGAAGCAGGAUAAGAUUCUAAAUAAAAGGGGACAGAAUUUUACUCUCAUAUUUGCAACUUUUUAAUAUGUUGACAAAAGGUAGAUUUUGCUGUUGUUAAGCACUUAGCCUUUUUUUUUCUUUUUGCCACAUUUCUGGCCUUUUGUGCCUGAGUCAGGGUUGGAGAAAGUCUUUGAGUCCUCUCCUGCGGCUUGACUUGAAUCUACUUGUUCCUUUUAUUGAAGGGUGGUUAUUUAAAAAUAAUUUUACCACAUUGUAUGAAUAUUUAAUAUAUAAGCUCUAGAAUUUGUCCAAUAGCCUUAAAAAAAUGAACAAACUGAUGUGAGUGGUCACUCCUAUCUUUAGUUAAAGACAGCACCAGUGCUUUAAUCCUCUGUUCCGUAAGCUUCUUGAAGUCAAAAUUAGAGCUUGAGCUGCUAGAGCAGAAAAUCUCAUUCUGGUUGUCCGUCGUUUUUGUAAGGUUCCACCCCACAGCCAUCUGGCCUGGCCUGUUCUCGAGUUGAAGAAGCGAAGGUGGCAUUAUCUACUUCUGAUUUGUGCAGCAGCAUCACUGAGCGUUGUCUGGAGCCCAAGGCUGCCCACCUUACAUUUCCUACCACUGUCCUUGGCUUGUGCACGUGCCUGUGCUGAUUCUCUGCCUAGGAAAGGACGAUGCAGCUGGAGAUCAAAGUGGCCCUGAACUUCAUCAUCUCCUACCUGUACAACAAGCUGCCCCGGCGCCGGGCAGACCUGUUCGGUGAGGAGCUAGAGCGACUCUUGAAAAAGAAAUAUGAAGGCCACUGGUACCCUGACAAGCCACUGAAGGGCUCUGGCUUCCGCUGUGUCCACAUCGGGGAGAUAGUGGACCCCGUGGUGGAGCUGGCCGCCAAGCGGAGUGGGCUGGCGGUGGAGGAUGUGCGGGCCAACGUGCCCGAGGAGCUGAGUGUCUGGAUCGACCCUUUCGAGGUGUCCUACCAGAUUGGUGAGAAGGGGGCUGUGAAAGUGCUCUACCUGGAUGACAGCGAGGGCUGUGUUGCCCCAGAGCUGGACAAGGAGAUCAAGAGCAGCUUCAAUCCCGAUGCCCAGGUGUUUGUGCCCAUCGGCAGCCAGGACAGCUCCCUGUCCAACUCCCCGUCACCGUCCUUUGGCCAGUCGCCCAGCCCCACCUUCAUGCCCCGCUCCGCUCAGCCCAUCACUUUUACCACCGCCUCCUUCGCAGCCACCAAGUUUGGCUCCACCAAGAUGAAGAAGGGGGGCGGGGCAGCGGGUGGGGGGGCGGGGGGCGGGGCAAGUGGCCAGCCGAUACCCCAGCAGCAGCCCCGCAUGGCCCGCUCUCCCACCAACAGCCUGCUGAAGCAGAAGAGCCUCUCUCUGUCUCUGCAUUCACUGAACUUCAUCGCCACCAACCCAGCCCCUCAGUCCCAGCUCUCACCCAAUGCCAAGGAAUUCGUGUACAACGGCGGUGGCUCUCCCAGCCUCUUCUGUGAUGGGGCCGAUGGCCAGGGCAGUGGCACCCCGGCCCCCUUCGGGGGCGGUGGGGCUGGCACCUGCAACAGCAGCAGCUUCGACAUGGCCCAGGUGUUUGGAGGUGGCGCCAACAGCCUCUUCUUGGAGAAGGCGCCCUUCGUGGAAGGCCUCAGCUACAACCUGAACACCAUGCAGUAUCCCAGCCAGCCGUUUCAGCCCGUCGUGCUGGCCAACUGACUGCCCACCUGCCCACGGGGCCAGGAGCACCCAAGACCACAGAAAAGAGAAAGGAAAGGAAAGGCCAAAAAAAAGAGGAAAAGAAAAAUACACAAAAAGAUUUCCAGUCUUCUCACUCUAACUUCUAGAAACAUGACCCAGCCCGGGCAUGGAGUGGGAGGGGCCCCUGAAGCACUGAACAGUGUUUAGCUAGCCCCCUGCUGCUCUCCUGCCUGCCUCCAAUUUAUUCGGUUGGUUUGGGUUUUAUAUUUCUUUUUCUUUUUUUCUUUUUUACAUGUAGUUUUCUAUAUAACAUCUUUAAUUAGUGGCUUCCUGUGCUAAGAAUGGUCCAGAUGUGAAUUGCUGCUCCCUGCUCCCUCCCUCCCUCCCUCUCUCCCUCUCUCCCUCCCUCCUUCGCAUGCCUGGUUUAGGGUUGGUGUGUCCCAGCUCACAGGGAAGGAAGACAGUGGCUGGGGCCUGGCCCUCCUCAGAACAGGGAGAGACUGCCCCGUGUCACUGUCUUCAUCACCCAGCUGUCCUCUCACUCAGAGCCAUCCAACCUCAGCAGGCCUGCUCGGGCCCUGCCACCCAGAUAGGUCUGACUCCAGCCCCCGCUUCCUCUCAGGCCUGGGCCCUAGGGAGCUGCCAGCUGGCCACUUGACACCCUCCCCCUAGAGCUGAAGUCUGUGACUCCAGGGAGGUUAGCACUCUGUCUGGUGUCCCUUUCAUCUCUGUCCUGUGGCCCCAUGCCACCAUUCCCACCUGGCCCAGACCAUCACCGAGGCCCUGGAGACCCAGCCAUUGGCACAUGUGGCCUCUCUCAUGUAGCCCCUUCUUUCCUGGGCCUGAGUUCUUGGGUAGGGAGGUGGGGUGAGUGUAGGUGUGCGUGUGCAUGCGUGCGUGCGUGAUUUGCUCUCCUGUUUUAAAGGAUUCCGAGCCAUGUGAAACUUCCCCUCUGGGUGUGAUUCUGGGUCGCAGCAAGUGUUUAUUUAUGUGUGAGGGUGGGGAAUGCACUGGGGGUGGGUUGUCAGUCCUUUUGUGGGGUGCUUCACGUGGUGGCACCAGACUGGCUGAGCCUGACGCUUCCAGAGGAAAGCACUGCAGAAGGAACUGGUUUCCAGACUGCGGAGGGAUCUGCACUUUUGUUUUUGACCAAAAAAAAAAAAAAAAAAAAAAAGGUUAGCAGUGAGGGGCUGAGGGAAUGCCCAGCCUCUGAUACCUAAGAGAAGUCCCUGGACUCGGACCCUCCUAUUGUGUGACCUUAGCCCAGGGUGGGAAACGCUUACCUGAGCGCCCUGGGGGGUGGGAGUUUUGGGUCAGUGCCUGUAGUGGGCAGUCCAAAGCCUUGAAUUGAGACUUUGGUCUUUUGGCUGUAGAUGUUGCUUUAAUACAUUUCUUCCCCUGCCUGCUUGAGAACCUCUUGGUACCUCUUGCCAUCCCCUCACUGUCCGACCCAGGCCCACUGGGCCCAAUGCUGAUCUCGAGCAGGCUGGGCUGGACAGGCGCUUGGCCACAGCAGGCGCUGUGUCUGGAUUCUUGAAGAGCUCUCCCCACCUCUGCUGGAGAGAAUUUACCUUGACCCAACCCUAGUGGGCUAGCUUCCACGCCAUGACGCUUUGGCAAGUGGGCACGUAGCAUCAGGGCCCCCAUCACCAAAGCCUUUGGCACCCCACCCUCUCCUCCCCAGUGACCCCAAGUUGGCAACUGCUGUGGCAGCGGAUCCGGCCCAGACGGACACUGCCAGCCUCCUCUCCCUGCAGUGGGCACCAGCUCUACCUCCCCGCGCGGGGCAGUGCCCUGGCUCCUUGGCCCGGCACCGUCUGUCCCCCCUAGACUUCUCAGGGGCCAGCCCCGUCUGGGCCACCCUCUCCCGAGCCCUCAGCUCCCGCACAGGCGACAGGCCCAGGCUGCUCUCUGGGAAAGGUUGGAUGCUGCCUUAUGCCCCCUUCCAGCCCCUCUUCCCCCACUCAUGCACACAGGCACCCACCACACCCUGGGCGGCUUGUUCCUCACCACAUACAGGGAGGGGGAGACCAACCCCUUAGUGUCUUUUGAAAUACGAAGAAAAAUGUGUGAUCAGGAGCAUGACUCCUGUGCUGGGCUCUUGGGCCCACCUCAGUCUGUCUCAAAUCUAGGCAUUUUUGCUUCAACUUUAUUUUUUUUUUUAAGAAAACAAAACAAAAAUCUGCACUAAUUUACCUGGUUUCAUAGGAAAACUUUUUUUUUUUAUUUUUUACAUUUUUUGGUGUCCGUUUGUAUUGAAUAAUUUGCUACAUUUGUAAAAUGUAAGAGGUAUAUAUAAUAUAUGUAUAUUUCUAACGUAAAGGUAAUUUUUUUCUUUUCAAGAUUUUUUCUUAAGAGGAGAGAAAGAUAUUUUUUCAGGAAAAACAAACUUUAAAAUAAAAAAAGAGGAGAAUAAAACCUAUUUCUCCCCUUUCCCCAUCCUCUCUCUGUCUACCCCCCUUUCCCAGGAACAAGUCAAAAGGUGGAUCGUCUUGUAAAGGAAGUAAACUUUUAGUCCAGAAUGAUGUCUUUUUCUCAGUGCAGUGAGCUGUAGAUUCUCUAGUUUGACCCCUGGGGAUGGGAAGGGGGGCACUGAGGCAACAUGGAGAGGAGCUCGCGGGAGCAGGGUAAUGAAUUUGUUUUCUUUAGUGAAGGAGGAAUACAAUCAAGUGUUUUGUAUUCAGAAUGUUGUGCAAUAUUUUGGAAUGGAACAUUGGUGUGUUUAGAGAUUUAGUUUAAAAACAAAACAAAAAGAUUGAUCAAAUCUGUACAGUUUAUAUUGUUCCAGAUUUUUUUUAAGUUUGUAUUAAAAGCAUGAUAUAUAAUAA